GCUUGUUUGUGGAGUGACCUUGUGAUUGCAGCUUACAGCAGUGGCCAUAGUGAGCUCUACCCUCAGUGCUUGUAUGCAUUACCUCAUUUCCAUGUCAUGAGUGGUGUGAAGCUGGAACAGUUCCCAUUUCUCAGAUUAAAAACAACAACUGAGGCCUGAGUUGAGUCAGCCAUGUCAUCUGAGCCUCCCCCGCCGCCAUCGCAGCCCCCGACACAUCAGACUUCUGUUGGGCUACUGGACACUCCUCGGGCCCGGGAUCGCUCUCCAUCCCCGCUGCGAGGCAAUGUGGUCCCUAGCCCUCUGCCCACCCGCAGGACAAGAACUUUCUCGGCGACGGUGCGGGCUUCACAAGGCCCUGUCUACAAAGGAGUCUGUAAAUGCUUCUGCCGGUCCAAGGGCCACGGCUUCAUCACCCCAGCUGAUGGUGGCCCUGACAUCUUCCUACACAUCUCUGAUGUGGAAGGGGAAUAUGUUCCAGUGGAAGGCGACGAGGUCACCUAUAAGAUGUGCUCUAUCCCGCCCAAGAAUGAGAAACUGCAGGCUGUAGAGGUGGUCAUCACCCACCUGGCACCAGGCACCAAGCAUGAGACCUGGUCCGGGCAUGUCAUCAGCUCCUAGGACCUGCAAGAACCCCUUCUCCUGGGCUUGAGGGAGACUCUGGGGGGGGAGGAGGAGCAGGACACUCUGGAUAUAACAUUCUACCAAGUGAGAUGGGGCCUCAAGGCCGGCAUGGCCCCUUUCAAGCAUUUCCUGGAAGAAGGGAGUUGUGGGCAGGCAGAGGGUGCUCAGCCACCAACACAGCCUCCAGCCAUUGCAACAAGCUCUCACUGUCUGAAAACAUUAAAAGCAUUUGAAAAGGA